CACCACCCCACCCCCUCUCGCACACCCCUUCAAGCACUCUUCUCCACCUCCUCCUCCUUCUUUCAGCCUGGUGUGACAAGAGUGAUGAAAAACCUGUAAAAAAAAAAAAAAAAGAGGCGAGUAGGGGGGUGGUGGCUUUCUUUUAGUUUCCUGGGAUCGGAACAGGCGUCACGGCGGGUGCGGGGGACAGCGCGGAGGACGGCAGAAGGGAGGAGGCGACAGCGGAGCGUAAACACGACAGAAAACGGCGGACGGAGAGCGGCAGACAGCGGUGACCCCCCACCACCAACCAUCACUUCUUAUCUUCAUCCCCCCCUUUUUUUUUACGCUGUUUGACGCGGGGUUCUGCUCAUCAGAGCGCAGUCUGGUUUUAUGUUAUAUAUGCAUAUGUAUAUAUAGCUCUGGGUUUGGCGGAAUAAGCGUCGGAGGUAGAAAUAAAGAGGCUGUGCACCAGCAGCAGCAGAGAGCGGUCGACAGCACCGUCCAGCUCAGGACGCUCCAGCCGCGGAUAAAACCCCUGAGAGGAGCAGAAAGGUUGGGGGGGAAAGCAAAAGGGAAAAGAGGAUCGCAGCCGCUGAGCAGGAACCCCGGGUUGUUACUUCCGAGCCUUCCAGCAGCAUCACCGAUGCGAUGGCAAAGCGGCUCCUGCAGCAAAACCGAAAGGCUUGAGUCAGAUCAGCGCUGCUCGUCUCCACCAUGAAGCUCUGAAAGGCAUCCGACAGGGGCACAGAUGGGCAGCAUCACGUGGAAACAACAAUGUGGAAACAACUGCUGACAUGAACACACUGGAUUUAUUUCAACAGUCAUGUCUUGCCUUAGAAAGCCAAGAUUAUGCCUUGGGCUGCUGAAAUCACGACCAAGACACAGACUGCUCCAUUCGAUGAAAAUGCGGCGGCACAGAGUGUUCUUGCUGUGCACGGUGGGUCUAUGCGUCAUCUCCUUUCUCCAUUACUACAAGGCCCUCCAUUACGUCUCCCUGCUGCGUGAGCUCUCCGCUCCGUAUCCCAACAUCAAGUCCUUCAUCAUGGUCUCAGGCUUCUUCUGGAGGGAGAAGGGCGUCGCCGCCACCCCCAUCAGUCCUGCCUCUCCCGAAGAGGCUCCCCCGCUGCCCGCUCUCCGCCAGGGCGUCGUGAAACAGUCUUUGGGGGACGGCGGAGCGGAAGCGAUAGACCCAGGAGCUCUGGAUGCUAAGAUCGGAGGUCCUGGCGUGGCUGACUUUAAAGAUCUUGAGGUGAGGGCGAUGAAGGAGCCGGAGCCUCCCCAUCCCUGGGAAAAACCAGAGGAGAACCAGCCGGGAGACUCGCCACAAGAGAAACGACAUGAAGAGCAGCAUGUAAACCACAUUGAGCCCGACUUAAAAAAACUCUUGGUUCAAGUAGGAAAAGGUCCAUUGCCGGACCCUAUCAAAUCCAUGGGAGACCUUCAUACCCGGACUCACCAGCUACAAGACGACAAAACCCCUUAUUUUGUCCGCACGAGUCGCGGAGCCUAUUGCUUCAAACAGGGGACGGAGAUGGCUACCAUCAAGGAAUCCUCUGUGAGAACAGGAGCGGGUGCGACCCGCGACGUUGUGGAAGUGGGCAAAGCAGCGCAGCGGAAAACCCUGGGCCUUCAGCAGCAGACCGGAAAAGUGUCCAAGGGCAAAGGGCAGCCGAUGGGCAGCGGGAAGCAGCUGGUGAAGUGUGUGUGUCGGCCGGGAUGGCACGGACCUUACUGCGGGGUCCCCACCAUGGUGUACCAUUCCAACCUGCCGACAAAGGAGCGGCUGAAGCCCAGAGAGGUCCCGCGGAGAGUCAUCAACGCCAUCAACAUCAACCACGAGUUCGACCUGCUGCACGCGCGCUUUCACGAGCUUUCGCAGGCCGUAGAUUUGUUCCUGAUAUGUGAAUCCAACUUUACUGCCUAUGGAGAGAGACGACCGCUAAGUUUCCUGCGUCUCCUCCUUAACGGUACCUACGACUACGUCCGUCACAAGAUCCUCUACGUGUUCCUCGACCACUUCCCGGACGGGGGCCGGCAGGAUGGCUGGAUAGCCGACGACUAUCUGCGGACGUUCCUGACGCGUAACGGCCUGUCCAGGGUGAAGGGGGCCAGGUCCGACGACGUGUUCGUCAUCAACGACGCAGAUGAAAUCCCAGCGCAGGAAGGCCUUCUCUUCCUCAAGCUGUUUGACGGCUGGACAGAACCGUUCGCCAUACACAUGCGAAAGUCUCUGUACGGCUUUUUCUGGAAGCAGUUCGGGACUCUGGAGGUGGUGUCCGGCUGCACGCUGAGGAUGCUGCGCGACGUCUACGACGGGGACGGCAUCAAGCUGCGGCGCCGCGAGUACUACAGCCUGCCCGGCUUCCGCAAGUACGAGAACGACACGGGCCACAUCCUGGUGCAGUGGUCCGUGGGCAGCCCCUUCCACUUCGCCGGCUGGCACUGCUCCUGGUGUUUCACCCCCGAGGGGAUAUACUUCAAGCUGGUCUCGGCACAGAACGGGGACUUCCCUCGGUGGGGGGACUACGAGGACAAGCGCGACCUCAACUAUAUACGGGAACUGAUCCGGACAGGGGGCUGGUUUGACGGCUCCGUGCAGGAAUAUCCCCCCGCGGAUCCCAAAGAGCACAUGUACGCCCCGAAGUACAUGCUGGAGAACCGCAAAAGGUAUAACUACCUCCUAGAAAACCCUUAUAAACACAAAAUCCAGACUGAAUGAAAUCAAAGAGAUCUUUUUUUUUUUUUUUUGUGGAUGGGGGGGGGAAAUACCUUAAAAUAGCGCCCAUGGGAGGCCUUCGCACUGAGCUCUGGAGGUGGGCUGACACUGACGAACAAAAUCUCCACAGACGACGACGAAGAUGUUGCAGGGAUUUAUAAUCUUAUAGAAUUAUUUUGGGGUAAAAAGGGAACACUAUAAAAGACAUCGACCGUGGGUUUACAAUGAAAGCGGCGAGGGGAGGAUGAAACCACUGGAUGAACAAAAUCAUUGCUUUCCCCAUCGCUCUCUGAUUAUAGGGAGAUGCCAAGCUAUUUCUCCUCGACCCGCUUCCUUUGUAUCUCAUCUGCCACUGGACGCACUUGUGCUCUGUAAUACAAGAGCAGCCUAAGGAGGGGGGGGGGGAAAGCCAGGGAAGCAGCAAGAGUUUUUUUGUGUGUGUGUGUGUGUGUGUGUUCCUGUCUGCUCUCACAGAAAUCUAUAGCCUGGCAGAUGCUCUGAUUUCAACCCUCACCUUCUGACGUCUUCCUGUCAUAUUCGGUGACCUUCCAGAGCCAGACGCAUGUUCAGAAGUGAAAUAUAAAGGACUUUUUUUUUUUUUUUUUUUUUUUAAGGUCUUCUGAGAGUACCUACAGCCAAAUGAGUGUCACAGGUUUCUGCUCACGUUCAUCUCCAUGCACCUUAAGCUCGUCUGUGUGGUUGUAAAUAGUGUAUGUGCUCUGUCUUUGUGCUGUUUGGGCUAUGAAGGGAAGGGAGGGGGGGGUGGGUUAAAAUCAAUGCGAGUGACGAAGGGUUAUGAAGGAAAAAGUGUGCCGUGAUGAAAAGGAAAUAAAAUGAAAUGCCACAUGGAUGGUUGUACUGAGUGGGAGUGUGUUUCCCAGAGCUUACAGACAGAUUUGAGUAAAACAAAAAAAAUGUUUUAAUCCCAUCAGGAAACGAUCAAGAAAAGUUGCGGGAAGAUCGGCCUUCGGUUUUCAGAUCUGUCUGUUUAGCAGCUGGGCUAGCUCAGUUUUCCUUGGACGGUUACAAAAGAUGCAUCAUGGUGAAAAGUGAGGAUGUUCACAUCAGUCAGAAGUGUUUGGUUGUGUCUGAACACUAGAAGCCCCAUGAAUGAGUCUUUAUGCACCGCUGCCAGUCUUUGAAUGUCUGCGUCCGGCUCCUAUAAGCAAGUCCGUCCUUUCUUAGUUUCCCCAUCUAUUUACGCUCUUUAUUUCCUUAUUUUCAUGUGUUAGGUCAAAUAAGUGAAAAUCAGCCCCUUUUUUACUGUCACUAAAAAGUAUCUGUUAGAAAUGCACCAAUCAGCAAAAGACCAGAAUCAGCUCAUUUCUGUUCUUGAUUGGCUCUGAUUAGUGAGCUGGCAAAAAAAUACUUUCCCCUCUCCUCUCUACAUUAAAUGGAUCAAAGCUAGGAACUCUCACCACUUAUGAGCACAUUCCCUGACAGCAUGUACUUUGAUGCACUUUUUUUGAGUUUAAUUAAAACCCAGUACAGGUUAAGGACAUAUGCCUGGAUGCAUCAGUGGGGAUGAUACCUUACCUGCAGUAAAUAUGCCUCUUGGCAUCUUCACUUUGUAUAAAGCUGGUGCUGGAAGCAGAAGCUAGUGGCUAGUCCAAGAGGGUCCAAGACAAAAGUGGACUUUUGUUGUCCAUCAAAGCAUUUAUAUUAUACGUAAUAUUAUGAACCUUUAAGCUGUCACCAAUUUUGCCUCAAUUUCUAUAGCAUUUGUUUUGUUUUUGUUUUUUGUUUUUUUUUUUGCUUUUCUGACCAGAAAUCCUUUCUGGUUUCUUUUCUCAAUAUUUCACACAGGAAAGAUUAUUGGUGGCGCUUUGCCUUCAACCUCAAUUUCCUUAGUAAUUAUUCAGUGACACUUAUGGUUAAUAACAUUCGUGUAAACCGACGUGGACUUUUUUUGUUUUUAAGGCUCUAGAAGUCUACCCCUCUCUAACCAGCCAUCAAAUUUAGCGUGUAGGUCCAACUAAUUUGCUUUUAUAACAAAUGAGAAACCCAGGAGAAUUAUAUACUGCAGGUGGGCUUUCAGAACCACCAGAAUCUUACUUUAAAAGUGUAUUCGUUUAAGGUCCCUGGGGGUUUGUUAUAGUCCUUGUCAAGGAGGAGGAAAUCAUGGCAGAAAUGUUUCAAUUGCUACAAAAGCACAAAAUAAAGCUUUACAACAACCAGACCAACUACAGA